AUGGUGAGGAUGGGGACGGAGGAGACAAGGAGGGCUUCUACUUCCUGCCAAGAUCGUUUGGCUGAUCCUCCAAACCUGCACAACUUGGCGCUGUACGAGGAGUGGGUGCUAAAGCCCAGUAUAGAUGGCUUCUCAUCUGAUUCCUGGCUGGACAUGGAGGAGGAGUCUUGUGAGCAGCAGCCCCAGGAGGAGGAGAAGGAGGAGGAGGAGGAAGAAGAGGGUGCAGAUAAGGUGCCCAAGCCACCUGCCGAUGGCCCUGCCUCACCCACCAGCAUCCCCUCUGAGGACCAGGAGCCCCCCGGGAAGAAGCCCAAAGCACCUGCCCUGCGGUUCCUCAAAAGGACUUUGUCUAAUGAGUCAGAGGAAAGCGUCAAGUCCACGACGAUGCCCAUAGACGACCCUAAGACGCCCACUGGCUCUCUCACCACCGAGGUCCCUGCCAAAUGGACCCACCUCACCGAGUUUGAACUGAAGGGCCUGAAAGCUCUGGUGGAGAAACUUGAAUCCCUCCCAGAAAACAAGAAGUGUGUCCCCGAGGGCAUCGAGGACCCCCAGGCGCUCCUGGAGGGUGUGAAGAAUGUCCUGAAGGAGCACGCUGACGACGACCCCACUCUGGCCAUCACUGGGGUCCCCGUAGUCACCUGGCCAAAGAAGACUCCAAAGCCAGUGCUCCCCCACACUGCCGUGUGCCUAGUGUGUGGCGAGGCGGGGAAGGAAGACACGGUGGAAGAGGAAGAAGGCAAGUUUAACCUCAUGCUCAUGGAGUGCUCCAUCUGCAACGAAAUCAUCCACCCUGGAUGCCUUAAGAUUAAGGAGUCAGAGGGCGUCGUCAAAGAUGAGCUUCCAAACUGCUGGGAGUGUCCGAAGUGUAACCACGCCGGCAAGACCGGGAAACAAAAGCGUGGCCCUGGCUUCAAGUACGCCUCCAACCUGCCCGGCUCCCUGCUCAAGGAGCAGAAGAUGAACCGGGACAACAAGGAAGGCCAGGAGUCGGCCAAGCGGAGGAGCGAGUGUGAGGAGGUGCCCCGGCGCCGGUCGGAUGAGCACCCCAAGAAGGUGCCCCCAGACAGCAUCCUGCGCCGAAAGUCAGACGAUGUGCACCUGAGGAGGAAGCGGAAAUACGAGAAGCCCCAAGAGCCGAGUGGACGCAAGCGAGCCUCGACUCUUCAGACGUCCCCUGGUUCCUCCUCUCACCUGUCGCCGAGGCCCCCUCUAGGCAGCAGCCUCAGCCCUUGGUGGAGAUCCAGCCUCACCUACUUCCAGCAGCAGCUGAAACCUGGCAAAGAAGAUAAGCUUUUCAGGAAAAAGCGGCGGUCCUGGAAGAAUGCCGAGGACCGGCUGGCUCUAGGCAACAAGCCGCUCCGGCGCUUCAAGCAGGAACCGGAGGACGACCUGCCUGAGGCGCCCCCCAAGACCAGGGAGAGCGACCAUUCCCGCUCCAGCUCCCCCGCAGCCGGGCCCAGCACCGAGAGCGCGGAGGGUCACGACGAGAAGAAGAAGGUGAAGAUGCGCCGGAAACGGCGGCUCCCCAACAAGGAGCUGAGCAAGGAGCUGAGCAAGGAGCUCAAUCAGGAGAUCCAGAAGACGGAGAGCAGCCUGGCCAAUGAGAACCACCAGCCCAUUAAGUCGGAGCCCGAGAGUGAGAACGAGGAGCCCAAGCGGCCCGUGGGCCUCUGCGAGCGCCCCCAUCGCUUCAGCAAAGGGCUCAACGGCACCCCCCCCCACCCCCCCCCCACCCCCCGGGAACUGCGACACCAGCUGGGGCCCGGCCUGCGCAGCCCACCCCGCGUCAUCUCCCGGCCCCCUCCUUCCGUGUCCCCGCCCAAGUGCAUGCAGAUGGAGCGACACGUGAUCCGGCCGCCGCCCAUCAGCCCCCCACCCGACUCGCUGCCCCUGGACGAUGGGGCGGCCCACGUCAUGCACAGGGAGGUGUGGAUGGCCGUCUUCAGCUACCUCAGCCACCAAGACCUGUGUGUCUGCAUGCGGGUCUGCAGGACUUUUAAACACUGGUGCCGUGAUAAGCGGUUAUGGAGCCGCAUCUACCUGACACCCUGCAGGUGCAUAACACAACCGAUGCUGAGCGGCAUCAUCGGGCGACAACCCCUCUCCCUGGACCUCAGCUGGGCCGAUAUCUUCAAGAAUCAAAUGAAAUGGCAAAUCAACCGUCUCCCAGGCGUCCUUUACCAAGAAGACAUUCCUGUUGGAGAGGAGGAUGAACUUUGGAGAAAUUCUCUUGCUGAAGCAUGA